AAAUUCCCAUAAAAUUCGUUCAAAUUCUUGGUUCCCAACUUCCGGUAGGGAUCCAAUCGUUUGCAUUGCUCCUCCGUCCUUUGCGCUCUCCGGCAGUCCAGCUGCCAGCACGCCAGCCUCGGCGGACGCUCAAACCCUCGCCCGCCGCUCCCCAAAACCCCACGAUGGCCGCCGCCGGCGCUACCGGGGCCGCGGCCGCGGCCCCGCAGCCGCCGCGGAUGUUCAAGCUGGAUCCGCAGAGCGAGCUCCGCGUGGAGGUGCCCCCCGACGCGCCCCUCCGCGUGCGCCUCGUCGCCGGCACGGCGGAGAUCUUCGGCACCGAGCUUCCCCCCGAGGGUUGGGUCCCCGUCCCGCCCCGCUCCAAGAUCGCCAUUUUCACGUGGCACGGCGCGACGGUGGAGCUCGACGGGGUCAGCGAGAGCGAGUACACGUCCGACGAGACGCCGAUGGUGAUUUACGUGAACACGCAUGCGAUCCUUGAUGCAAGGAGGGCUAGGGCGAGGGCUGCCGCGGCGCAGGGAGGCGAUUUGGAGGCCUCACAGGGACCCAGAGUGAUUGUUGUGGGGCCGACCGAUUCUGGAAAGAGCACUUUGUGCAAAAUGCUCCUCAGCUGGGCUGCUAAACAGGGAUGGAAGCCAACAUAUGUGGAUUUAGAUAUUGGCCAGGGAUCAAUAACCAUACCUGGAUGUAUUUCUGCUACACCGAUUGAGAAGCCUAUAGAUAUAGUUGAUGGGAUUCCCUUGGAGAUGCCGAUUGCAUAUUUUUAUGGCCAUCCAAAUCCAAGUAUUAAUCCAGAUGUUUACAAAGCUCUUAUGAAGGAGCUAGCUCAAACAUUGGAGACACAGUUCUCUGGAAAUGCUGAAUCUAGGGCAGCGGGCAUGGUUAUAAACACUAUGGGGUGGGUUGAAGGCCUUGGCUAUGAGUUACUUCUCAAUGCAAUUGAAACCUUCAAGGCUAAUGUAGUGCUGGUGUUGGGACAGGAGAAACUCUGGAAGAUGUUAAAAGAUGCAGUACAAAGUAAGCCCAACAUUGAUGUUGUAAAGCUUCAUAAAUCAGAGGGUGUUGUCCUAAGGAAUUCAAAAUAUCGUCAAAAAACUAGAAGCUUCAGAAUCAAGGAGUACUUUUAUGGGAUUGCAAAUGAUCUUGCACCACAUUCAAAUGUUGUCAACUUCAGUGAUGUUUCUGUUUACAAAAUUGGUAGUGGACAUCAAGCUCCUCGGUCAGCAUUACCAAUUGGUGCAGAGCCUGUGGCAGACCCUACUCGGCUUGUUGCUGUUAACAUCAGCACAGAUAUGGUCCACACAGUGCUCGCUGUUUCUUAUGCGAAGGAACCUGAUGAAAUAAGUUCAAGCAACGUCGCCGGUUUCAUUCAUGUCACAGAUGUUGACAUUCAAAGGAAGAAGCUGACGUACAUUGCACCUUGCCCAGGAGACUUGCCAAGCAGGCUGUUAAUCGCGAGCUCCUUAACAUGGUACGAGGCAUUGUAGUUACGUGUGAUCACUUUAACCAGAAGAACUUGUUGUAACGCUGAAAUGUAUUACGUGCAUUUUAACUGUCACAGUGUACUAAUGGCAAUGGGUUUGAUAUCUUGGUGUGUAGUUAGUCUUGUAUGGGUACGAUAUCAAUAUCCUGGCAUCUUGCGUAAUGAAUGUGUCUGAUAUCAAUGUACUACCUCUUACCGUCUUUUACGAGGCUUGUGUGUAUAUCUAGAUCAUCAAUUUGAUCAACAAAAUAUGUAUUAUAUUCACUCUAUUUCACAAAGAUCGACGUAUUUUGUUUUGUUAA